CGGGAGUGCCGGCGAGCGGCAGAAGCCGGCCGGGUGGCGGCCAUGGACCGCUUCGUGUGGACCAGCGGCCUCCUGGAGAUCAACGAGACCCUGGUGAUCCAGCAGCGCGGGGUGCGCAUCUACGACGGCGAGGAGAAGAUAAAAUUUGAUGCCGGGACUCUUCUUCUUAGUACACACCGGCUGAUUUGGAGAGACCAGAAGAAUAAUGAGUGCUGCAUGGCCAUUCCCCUGUCUCAGAUUGUGUUCAUCGAGGAGCAGGCAGCUGGAAUCGGGAAGAGAUUUUCUCAGAAGGUUCUUCGCCUUUUCUCUGUCCAGGCUAAGGAAAUGGUGGAGUUAUCCAAGUCAAUCGCUAAUAAGAUUAAAGAGAAGCAAGGCGAUGUCACAGAGGAUGAGACCAUCAGGUUUAAGUCGUACCUGCUGAGUAUGGGAAUAGCCAACCCAGUUACCAGAGAAACCUAUGGCUCAGGCACACAGUACCACAUGCAACUGGCCAAACAGCUGGCUGGAAUAUUGCAGGCACCUUUGGAGUUGCUCUCACCAGAAGAUUUGGUAAAUGCGUGCAAGAUGCUGGAAGCGCUGAAAUUGCCUAUCAGGCUUCGGGUUUUUGACAGUGGUGUCAUGGUAAUUGAGCUUCAAACUCACAAGGAAGAGGAAAUGGUGGCCUCGGCCCUGGAGACGGUUUCAGAAAGGGGGUCCUUAACAUCCGAAGAGUUUGCCAAGCUUGUGGGAAUGUCUGUCCUUCUGGCUAAGGAAAGGCUGCUCCUUGCAGAGAAGAUGGGCCACCUUUGCCGAGACGACUCCGUGGAAGGCUUGCGGUUUUAUCCAAAUUUAUUUAUGACACAGAACUAAGAAUUUUGUACCUGAAAUGCUUUUUGUUAAUACGCUUGCAUUUGCAUUUUGCCAAGGUCUCACGACACUGAGCUAAGAGAGAAACCCAAAUAAACCAAGAAUGUGUUAGAA